AUGCCAAAUGGUAAAGGCUUAAAAAAUAUGAGCAGUAAUAUUAAAAUUAAAUUUACAAGAGACACGAAGCCAAUUGUGAAUACAGUCGACGCUCAUUAUCUCGAACCUCCGUUAUCUCGAACUUUCUCUAUCUCGAACUUUUUCUUCGGUCCCUUGAGUUCUUCCCUUGGACUGAUUUACGCUCGUUAUCUCGAACUCUUAAAGAGGAAUUUUGAAAAAAGAAGACCUUGCACUGCUUGUUUUAAAGUCACAAAAUGUUGCAAUAAAAAGAAGACAUUCCAUUGUAAAACAGGUAGAUUUUGCAAUGUUUUUUUUGUGAUUUCCUUUGUCAGAAUGCCACCGAAAAGAAAGCUCGUUGUAAAAACUUUGGCAGAAAAAUGCCAAGCAUUAAAAGAAUUGGAAAAAGGUAUUCCAAAUAAAGAUAUCGCUAAAAAGUACGGGGUGCCUAAAAACACGAUAUCAACUUGGCUAGCCAAUAAGGAAAAACUUCACACAAGAAUUUUUAAAAACAUUCGAAUUGAAAUUCGAACAUUCGUAUUCGAAAAAAUGCACGAACAGGUUAACAAUAAAUCUUUUAUACAAGUCGGUAUUUGUUUUAUUUUCUAUUUCAGGCACAAUGUAACGUUCAAGACGGUCGUUGGUGAAAGCAAUUCUGUUCAACCUGAUAUGAUAGCAUCUUGGUUUGAAACCACUUUACCAACAUUAUUAACUAACUACAAACUAGAAGAUAUUUACAAUGCCGACGAAUUCGGUCUCUUCUACCAAUGCUUGCCAAAUAAAACGUAUCACUACAAAUACGAAAAAUGCUCUGGGGGUAAAAAUAGCAAAGUCCGAAUUACCGGGCUUGCAGCUGCCAAUGCUGUCGGAGAUAAACUACCAAUGUUUGUGAUUGGUAAAUCGAGGAAACCAAGGUGCUUCAAAAAUGUAACAACCCUACCCUGCAGGUACAGAGCGCAGAAGAAGAGUUGGAUGGACAGCUCUCUUUUUGAAGAGUGGGUGCGAGAAAUCAAUGCAAUGUUUCUAAAAGAAGGUCGAAAGAUAGUCUUGAUCAUCGAUAAUUGUCCCGCUCACCCUGAUGUCGGUGGACUGUCCAACAUUAAAUUGAUUUUCUUACCUCCAAAUACAACUUCUGUGUCACAACCGAUGGACCAAGGUGUCAUAAGAUGUCUUAAGUCUCUUUAUCGCCAAAAAUUGGUCAACAUGAUGAUUCAAAACCUAGAAAAAGACAAAGAUCUUUCAAAAGUUUCAAUUCUGCGUGCUCUUCAAAUACUUGUUUCGUCGUGGGGCAAAGUGAAGAAAGAAACCAUCGUAAACUGCUUCAAGAAAUCAAAGAUUUCCAAGAAAGCUCAACAGAAUGCAACUGAUGAUAUUGAUGAUCCAUUUAAACAACUGGAGAAAGAUCUCACACAACUGCGUGCCAUUGACGAUACCAUUAUUCUUGCUGAUCUCUCGGCCCGUGAUGUUGUCGAUAUUGACCAAGAUUUGACCACAAUUGAAAAUCCCGUGACUGAUGAAGAAAUCCUUGAGUCGGUACGGCCAAGUACAGAUGAGAAUGACGAGGAGCAUGAUGAAAAUGCCGAUGUCAUCGAGGUGUUUGAUGAGCCAGUGAGCAAGCCAACAAAAUCAGAAAUAAACACUGCAGUGGAGACUUUACAAAAUGCUUGUCUAUUCACUGAUGAUGGAAAUGACAUGCAACGCCUCCUGCUUCGCUUUGAAGAUUUGUUUCUUAAAAGUGAAAUGAAAAACAAGAAGCAAACUAAUAUUUUGAGCUUUUUCGAUCAAAAAUAA